AGGAGGCCACAGCCAUGGCGGUGGAGAACAUCAACCAGCUGCCGGAGAACAUCCUGCUGGAGCUGUUCACGCAUGUGCCAGCCCGCCAGCUGCUCCUGCGCUGCCGCCUGGUCUGCAGCCUCUGGCGCGACCUCAUCGACGUGGUGACCCUCUGGAAGCGCAAGUGCCUGCGGGAGGGCUUCAUCACCGAGGACUGGGACCAGCCCGUGGCCGACUGGAAGGUCUUCUACUUCCUCCGCAGCCUGCGCCGGAAUCUCUUGCACAACCCGUGCGCUGAAGAGGGCUUUGAAUUCUGGAGCCUGGACGUGAACGGAGGUGACGAGUGGAAGGUGGAAAAUCUCCCUGGAGACCAGAGGAAGGAAUUCCCCAAUGACCAGGUCAAGAGAUACUUCGUGACUUCUUAUUACACCUGCCUCAAGUCCCAGGUGGUGGACCUCAAGGCUGAAGGGUAUUGGGAGGAGCUGAUGGACAACACCCGGCCGGACAUCGAGGUCAAGGAUUGGUUCGCGGCCAGGCCAGACUGCGGGUCCAAGUACCAGCUGUGCGUUCAACUGCUGUCGUCCGCGCACGCGCCUCUGGGGACCUUCCAGCCAGACCCCGCGACCAUCCAGAAGAAGAGCGACGCCAAGUGGCGGGAGGUCUCCCACACCUUCUCCAACUACCCGCCGGGCGUCCGUUACAUCUGGUUUCAGCACGGCGGCGUGGACACUCACUACUGGGCCGGCUGGUACGGUCCCAGGGUGACCAACAGCAGCAUCACCAUCGGGCCCCCGCCUCCCUGACGCCCCCCACGCCCCGCCCUCCACCGAGCCCUGACCGGGCCAGGCUUCCCGUGGCUUGGAGAACAUGUCAAGCCCCUCGCCCACCUUGGACCACGCUGACCUCUCCCAGCAAGGACAAGGACGC